AUGGGGCGCUUUAGCUGGUUAACGGAGGGUUCGAGUAGCUCUGACCAGCUGGCUACUCGAAGCUCUGCUAGGGUAGUCAGUAAGGACGAAGAAGAUGUGAGUUCUCAUACCAGUCGAGAUAUAAGCUAUGGAAUACCGAGCAGAUGCUACUGCGGUUUGUUAACUCCGCUGAAAAUGAUGGACCAUACGGACGAGCAUCCAGGGCGGAUGUUUUUUGGAUGCAAGAAUUAUAAGCUUGGUUUCCCACAUCUUAUGAAAUGGUGGGACGAGGCUAUGAUGGAGGAGUUUCUACAACUCAAAUGGGCCGUCGACAACCCUCGUUUUGGCUUUCGCCAACCUGAAUCUGAAGAACGCGAAACCUUGCUUCGGACUGAGGCAGAGUUAACUGAUGUGAAGAACCAAGUUCUGAAGAUGAAGCGUUUAAGAAGAGUCGAGGUGACGACGGCGGUUACUAGGCGAUUUCGUUGUCUCCGCCGAAUACACAACCGCGUCUCCGCCGAUUACACAACCCGCUGUCUCCGCCGAUUACACAACCCGCUGUCUCCGCCGCUUACACAACCCGCUGCCGCCGGUUUCCAGAUCUUCGUUGGCGUUAGGCGUUGGGAUUUCGCGAACAACAGGAUGUCAAAGCCGACAUUCCCCAGGAGAUUCUACACCAAAGGAGGCGAUCCGGACGCAGGGAAAAGCAUUUCCAGGUGUAGCAAGAACACCAAGCUCUUGAUAGUCUCCGAAAGCUCCUCACCGACGACGAAUGGAAUGAAAUCAGUGACUCCAGGAUUGGUUGUAUGCAAGAAGAAGUAUGAGAUAUGGAGCGCUGUGGGGGCAAAUCCGAUAAGAUUCUCAUUGCACGAGUUCUCAGCCAUCACCGGCCUCAACUGCGAGUAUGUUGAGAACCUAGAGACACCUGAUGCUCCAGCAACGGAUGCCGUGUGCGAGUUCUGGGAGAGGUUGGGUGUCAACGUCGAGGUAGGGCCUAGCAUUGACCAGCUGGCUGAAGCUUCCCGUAGAUCCGCUGCCGAGACACCUGUCAAGCUAGCUAGGCUUGUGUUGGAUUUGGAGAAGUUUGAGGAAUACCCGUGGGGCCGAGUUUGUUUCUUGCAGCUCAUCAAGUCCAUUAAAGGAGUGGAUUUGGAGAAGUCGGGUUAUGUGCUGGAGGGUUUCAUCGAGGUUCUCCAAAUUUGGGCUUUUGAGAGCAUGCCGAAUUUUGCAGAGAAAUACGGUGCUCCUCUGCCAUCUAAACCAUCACCACCGCUCCUUGCGUACAAGGGUAUUCAAGGCAAAAGGUACAUCGCGGAGGCAAUGCUGAAGCAGGUUGUUUUUAAAAACUGUGAGCUAGUCGAUAGGGAAGAAGUUUAUCCACGCUGGGAUGAUGAUGUAGAAGAUUUGUACGUCGACAACAUCAUCAAGGCAAUCUACGGGGAGUUAGGUGGUCGGUGGAGGUGGAAGCCAAGCGACUGGGACGAGGAAGGUGUCUUGGUCUCCAAUCACCCGCGAGUGGACGUGAAGCCUCCAAUAAAAGUGGAGGCUAGUUUCACAGAUUCGAAGAAGAGACCUCGUCCUACUCCUCCAUCGAACUAUGAUGAUAUCGAGGAGACGAUGCAGAGGUUGAUUUCUGACUGCACCCGGACCUUGUCUGCUGAUCUGAAGGCAGGGUUCCAGAAGUAUGACCGGCAACUAGCUGCACUUACCUCGACAGUUGCUGGUCUGGAGCGUAGUGUGAAGCAGCUGAUGGAUGUAAGGCUUCAGGAGCAGCGUAGAUCCGACGAUCCCUCUCCCAAAAAAGAUGAAACCGGCGCCAAAGAAGAUGAGACCGGCGCCAAAGAAGAUGUGACCGGCGCCAAAGAAGCUAAAACUGCUCAACCGGUUAGUACUGAUCCCUCUCCCAAAUCUCCCAACUCUUCUAAAGUGCAAGAUAAGCGUAAAGUGCAAGUUAAGCCUGACCAGGAUAGGGUCCUUCGACCUAGAAAAUUGAAGACCAAAACCAAAACGCCGGUCCAUCAAACAGUGCUAACCGGUGACGACAGCAGCGUUGCAUAUGUUAAGACCUAUGUGCCAAGCAAAGAAGAAUGCCUAGCAGACAUCAGGAAGAAUCAGCGAAAGUUCAACGCGAAACUAAUGAGUAUCAGGGCUAAGGAUCAGAGGGAAAGGAAACUGGCCCCAUCUCAAAAGUCUCCGUUCGUGGGAAACGUUACGGUUAAGGAGCUCAUACGUAACAAGAAGCAGCGCUUAGCGGUCUACAAUCCGUAUCUGCCCGAAGACAAGAAUGUUCGGAAGGAACUAACGGCGUUCCUGAAGUCUACAGCUGGGUAUCCAAAGCUUGACAAGGAUAAGUUUCCCGUGUGGUAUUGGUGGUGGGAACUCAUUACGCAGCCGCAAUGGCUAUCGGACUCGUAUGACGAUUUCAAGAAGUCUGAGCCUAAUGUCUUUGGACUUGGGAAGUACCUCCCACCUGACUCACUUGACUACUUCCAAGGCACGAAACCAGAAUUCUGCCAGACGAAUAAACGAUGGUGCAGGGACAUUGACGAUAUAUCUCCCGUUUAA